AUGCCUCCUCACCCGCUCGAGCUCCCACCAACCCUCUCUCCCGAUGCCCUGGACACCCUUACCGAGCUGACGGGCAUCCUCACGCGCCUCCGCACCGCGAUCCAGGCCUCCGGCUCAGCAGGCGGCAUCACAGGCGCCACGCCCGCCGGUACCGGCCCCGGAGCCACACCGAACCCCCUCGGCGCUAGUCCCAACGCGCCGCUAUCUCUCAAAGACGUGCCUGCCCAGACCGAUGCUCUAAAGCACAAGCUACAGCGCGCGCGCGUGCAGAUGCGCACUCUCCCCGACAUGGAGCGCUCCACCGCUGAACAGGAGGAAGAAAUCAAGGAACUCGAGGAGCGGAUCAGGAUGCAGCGUGAGGUGCUGGACCGACUGCGGGAGUCCGGCGUCAGGUUCGGUCAUGAGGAGGAGGGCGGUAAGGGCGAGAAGAUGGAGACGGAAUAA